AUGAUUAAGCGUAAUCUUAAAUGGAAAAUUAAUUCCUAAAGAGACAGUAGUAAAAACAAACCAAAAUCAAUUAGUAUUGAAUCUUCCCCUCGAAACCCAAUAUACCUAAUUCGGAGAGAAGUCAAAUCUAAAAAUUCAUAAUUAAAAAGUAAUUUGACAACUUAUACCAAAUAUGUCUUCCAUUCUAAUUAUAUCAGCCCAGUGAGUUCUCCAAACACAUCCAAAAUCAUUAGAUCAGAUGAAUAACAGAUAGGUUAGCCAAACAAUAUUUGCAAUUAAGAGAGAAAACAUUCAUUGAGUACCCUUUCAACAGAAAAUCGGAGUUUUAAAAAUAAAUUCACUACAAAUAAUCGCCAAUUUUAAACAGAAUCUGUAUAAUUCUUAACCCAACAAUUGACAGAAUAAAAUUAGGAUAUUCAUGUUGAUAAUUAAAUAUAAUAAAACAUAGAUAUUGAUAUUGAAUGUUCUCAUCUUGAUAUUUAACUAAGGAGAAUUUCGUAAAUUUGCUUAUUUGAUGAUAAGAAGAAGAAAAAAUUAAAAUAAAACAUGCAAAAUUUUGAAUUCAAAGACCAUAAAAAAGCUAAUUCAUCAAUUGAUUAAGUAAUUAAAUUAGUAAGAACAAUAAAAUAGCCAUCAUAUCGAUAUGAAGCAUAAUAGAGAUCUUCUAAAAUAUGGUUAGAGAAUGUGUGUUUUGAACCAUUAGAAUUAAAAUAAAACUACACAGAUACUUAAAGUUAAUUUAAGUUUUAUUUUAGUCAGUAUUUUGAUAAAAAUUUAAAAUUGCAUAGAAUAAUCGAGAUUAAUAAUUAGCUUUUACAAGUGAUGAAUGAUAAUCAAUAAAUUAUCUAAGAUAUUUAAGAAUAGAGAAAAGCUUUCUUUUUAAAUAAAAUUUAAAAGGCUGAAAAUUUAUUCAGGUUUUACCAUGAUAUAUAAACAUUUGGAAUCUAGGUUAAACUUUUUAAAUGA